UUAAAUUAGACGUUAUAUCGGAUUACAAAUAGGUUUAAGUGCGACUUCAGAGCACACUACAGGACUACAGAAAUGAGUUCAACCAUUACUUUAGAGUGCACUAUGAGCAAAGUGGCCACAAAUGGCCACCAUCAUGUGGAUGAAGCUGAACUGGACCGUUCAGUAGGCGAGCAGUUCCUCUCUGAGGCUUUCAAAGUGAUCCUGGAGGAGGCGGUUCAUAAGGCUACAGAUGUGAAGGAAAAGGUGUGUGAGUGGAAGGACCCUGACCAACUGAGGGCUCUUUUGGACUUGGAGCUGAGAGAACAUGGGGAAUCUCAAGAAAAGCUGCUGCAGAGAGUACACGACGUUGCCAAAUACAGUGUGAAAACCAAUCACCCUCGCUUCUUCAAUCAGCUGUUUGCUGGAGUGGACUACCAUGCCCUGACUGGACGCCUCCUCACGGAGACACUCAACACUAGUCAGUACACCUAUGAGGUGGCUCCGGUCUUUGUUCUGAUGGAGGAUGUGGUUCUCCGCAGUCUGCGCUCCCUAGUGGGCUGGUCCGAGGGGGAUGGCAUAUUCUGCCCAGGAGGCUCUAUUUCUAACAUGUACGCCAUGAAUGUGGCUCGCUAUUGGGCAUUUCCGCAGGUGAAGACGCAAGGCCUGUGGUCUGUCCCACGUCUGGCUGUGUUCACAUCACAGGAGAGCCACUAUUCGAUGAAAAAGUCGGCUGCCUUCCUUGGUAUCGGGACGGAGAACGUUUACCACGUGAAAGUGGACAAAAGUGGCAGAAUGAUCCCAGAAGACCUCGAAGCUAAAAUUGUUCAUGCCAAAUCACAAGGCGCGUACCCGUUCUUUGUCAACGCUACAGCUGGCUCCACUGUACAAGGAGCCUUUGAUCCCCUGGAGCGCAUAGCUGACAUAACUGAGAGGAAUGGAAUGUGGAUGCAUGUUGAUGCCGCUUGGGGAGGAAGUGUCCUGUUUUCCAAGAAGCACAAAAAUCUAAUAGCAGGAAUCGAAAGGGCAAACUCUCUAACCUGGAAUCCACAUAAAAUGCUGAUGACUGGUCUUCAGUGCUCUGUUAUUUUGCUGAGAGACACAACGAACCUGCUCAUGCACUGCCACUGCGCCAACGCCACCUACUUGUUCCAGCAAGACAAGUUCUACGACACACGUCUGGACACCGGGGAUAAGUCAGUCCAGUGUGGACGCAAAGUGGAUUGUCUGAAACUGUGGCUCAUGUGGAAGGCAAUAGGCUCGCAGGGCCUUGCUGACCGCGUCAACAAAGCUUUCGCCAAUAGAAGGUAUCUUGUUGAGGAGAUGAAGAAAAGAGCAGGUUUUCAGCUGGUCUCUGAGCCACAGUUUGUGAACGUGUGCUUCUGGUUUGUGCCACCCAACCUGAGAGGGAAGGAGAAUGAGACAGAUUACCAGGACAAAUUAGCAAAGGUGGCACCGCUCAUCAAGGAGCGCAUGAUGAAACGUGGCUCCAUGAUGGUGGGGUAUCAGCCUCUGGAUGGUCGAGUCAAUUUUUUCCGCAUGGUCAUCCUUUCUCCCCAGCUGCAACACAGCGACUUGGACUUCUUCCUGGACGAGAUUGAGAGGCUGGGGAAAGAUCUGUAAAUGAGCUCUGGGUGCUGUUCAUCAUUUGUUCUUUAGGCAUUGUCCAUCAUUGUUCUUUCCAGAGGCACGCUUUAAGGUCGCUCUCUAUCACCUUUUGAUUUUCUUAGACAGGCAGUGAGUUUCAUAAAUCAGUUUGUAAUUUAGCUGGAACAGGACUGGCGCUUUGCUGAUAAGAUUGGGGACCACUGACUUAGAACUGCUAAACAAAGUUUCUUAGAAACAUUGCUGGUGCUUCUUUUUAUUCAUCACUUCCUGUACAACCAUCUCUCAUUCUUCUUCUCUGGUUGUAGACUUCGUUUAUCUUCCAGACUUCUUCUAGCUUUUGACUCAAAACAGACCUCUUCCUGUGCGGGUUUAGAUUAGACUUUCUUUCUUUCUUUCUUUCUUUCUUUCUUUCUUUCUGUCUUUCUGUCAUUCAUUCUUUCUUUCUUUCUUUCUUUCUUUCUUUCUUUCUUGCUGGAAUCCCAAUUCCUCACAGUCCUUCAGUCAUGUAGACUUGGCUACAUUUUUAAUAUUUUUAAGCAUCGUUUUAUAAUAUAAUUUUUUAAAAUAUUUUUUACAGCCAAUUCUUUUUGUAUCUUAAUUUACAUCAUUCACCUUUCACUACAGCUUUACUGCAACUUUUCGCUCUUAUCAACACGACAAAAACUUAAUAUAGCAUUAGGUCAAUUUUAUUACUUUUAUUUUUUUCUUAAGAAGGAAGAGGACAGCUUUUCUUGUAGUCAACAGCCUAUGACAAUUAUGUUGUAAUAUCUUAAUAAAAUAAAACUUGUGAAUUGAGGUACAACUGACUGUAAUAAACUGACAACUGAAUAUAUAUUAAUGCAAUUAAUCAAUUUAUGAGGCUUCAGCAGACAUUGUUGGCUUAGAGUAAAUUGGCAUCUGGGAUAUGGUAUUAUAAGUCAGAAUGUAAACCUAUUGCAAUUAAUUACUUAUAGCUGUUUAUUUUUGUAAACAUCAACUUUUGAUACCUAAGUAUAUUUGCAUACUUCUGAAUUUUCUUCUUUUACUUAAAGGGAAAAAAAUGACUCGUAUCAAUAUUUAUAAUUAACAUUUGAUCUUCACGUGUGCAAAAGAUUUAUUUUAAGAUUAAAUUCUGAGUUGACUUUUUGGGAUUAAUUUAAAUUUGGUCUAUUUUCACUAUAGCUAAAGGUUUCCUGCAUUACCCAUAAUGAAUACCGGUCUUUACUGCUUAUAACACUGUCAAUGCCAUCAUGUUCGUCAUCAUAGAUCGCUAAAUAGCCAAACCAAGUUUCUGCCAUAACUCCAGGUGCAACCGCGUCUUAUUAGAUUGCAUCCACUGCAUUCUGGACUCCCAACAUUUGCUGUCUCAACUAAUUCUACAUGAGACUCUACAUGAGACUCUCAUUAAUAUGACAUUGAGCAUUGCUAAAAACGGUGAGUGAGAAAAGAAGCUCUUGCUGAUUGUUGUCCGUUAUGUCUGAGAUCAUGUCUGAGAAACACAAGAGGGCACAUACUACUGUUUGUGGUCAACUUAAUUUAUCAACAAAUUAUAUAUUUUUAAUGGACAAAAUAUUACACAAGUGUCACAAGUACAAGUGUCAACAUGUCCGAUUGACAAUAAAAUGGUUUGUGAACUAGA